AUGCUUUAUGCAACCGGUAAUUAUUAUGAUGUGGCCAGACGGUAUCAGUCACGUUACUAUUACACCCUUUCUGAUACAUGUAAAGUAAAAAAUGUGCACCCGCUAGGCCGGUACAUUGAUUGGUACUCAACUGGAUUGAACUUGAUCAGUCCGACUGUGCGUGUACUGAGUAUUGAAUCCGCAGUUGGUCCAGCCGACUACCAUUUUGAAAGCACACUUACACUGAAUAAUUUGGAAGUAUACAUUGUAACUGGCCGAGUGCAUCGCGUCAAUUUAACGGCACCGAAUUUGCGCGCGUUCACAAUCAUUGACACCGGUAGUAUCAUUUGGCAGGAGGACACUUGGUUCUUUCCGAAACUACGUGUCAUCAACUUUAUCACCGUUAAACUAGGACAAAACGAGGUUAAGCAAGUUCCCACUUUUGGAAGCAAAGAAUUGACCAUUCUUCGUUUCCUGAGACUUGAAUACAGCACGUUGAAUUUCACAUACUCCGAAGCGUUUGCCAAACUGCGCAUCUUCGAGAUGACUAGUGUUGGUUUUGUAACAGUUACCGGCCUCUGUGAUUUCUUGUCCCAAUUGAAAGAACUUCGCAAGCUCCUGCUUGCCAAGUUCACCGAUUCCUGCAUUCUGGACUCCAUUCAGACGUUACGGUCACACCGGAAUUUGAAAUCUGUUCGCCUGUUCGGCCAUUCUUUGGCUAUGGACGAGGGUACUUUAUGCUCUGUAUUCCCGCCAGACAUUGAGCACCUGCAUCUCUCAAUUCAUAACGGGCCGAAAAACCUGAGCGAAUUCAGCUGUUUCAAAAAUUUGAAAACAUUGGUGUUGCAUGUGCCCUCGGAAAACAUAAGCACUCUGGAUACGGAAGCUCAAAGUGUUUUCCUUAGAGGAUCUCUGACAAGCACAAACAUUGCAGUUUUGAAAAACCUCAAGCUACCGAAGGCUCGUUCAGUUGUCAUUGAAGCGAUGUCUCUGAAAUCCAACAAGUUACCUUCAGCUCCCCUGGCAGAAACACUUCGGUUUACCGAUAACGCAUUCCGCUUCGAAUCGGGUGUCAAUCCUUUUCCCGAUCAUCACAAUGUCCGAUUACUGGAUCUAUCUGGUAAUCCGAUCGAGAGUAUACCGAGUAAUGCUUUCAAAAAUUUACCCAAACUGAGCGUACUCAUUUUGCAAAAAACUAAAUUGCUUCAUUUUGCUGACAAUACAUUUUGUGAUUUGAAAUGGCCCAGAGGAAUCAAUUUCGGAACACGAAUUCCGGCAAAGACAUCGAUUAUUGAUCCACCAAAAAACACGUCAGAACGCUGGAACAGUCUGAAAUGCCUUAUGACACAGCAAAGGGAGUCAAAUCUGAUUUACUACAGUGACGACUGUCAAUGUAACGAAACUGAACAUCAUUAUGUGAGUCGUGAGUUGCGUGCUCGUGUUUUAGUGAAUCAUGGUGUUGUCUGUGCAGACGGAGCAACCGUGAAUCUUUUCAGUAACUACGAGCGGAGAUGUUUAAAAUGGACUAAAGAACAAAGAAAGAAACCACUUAAAAUGGAGCCAUUGAAAUUCAAAGAUCGGAUUCCAGUUUGUCCGAAUAAAUCGCUUGGAAUAGCACUUCUAGUCCUGUGGUCAAUUUACGCACUCAUAUGCUGGGUGCCUGCGAUUGUGCUUUUCGUUUUGCACCAAAAACAGUGGUGCAAGAAAGUGAUUGUUCCGUGUUUGGAAGCGGAUUUGUUCUUCCAUCGAGCACCCAAACUGCGUCCAAUCCGUGUUGAUCGACCUACUCGCGAAAGAGAAAAACCUACAGGUCACAGUUCCGAUCAGCUUGGUCAAACUGGACAGAACUCGAAUCUCUCGAAUAAUGAGACUAGAAAAACCAGUUCCAAAAGUUCCACCAGACCUGAUUGGGUUUCCGGUCCACAAACAGGUUCGUCCACAUCCAGUGCUAAAGCACCCACCCCGGAACAGCCAAAAGGUCCGUGGGCUUGGCAACCGCGAUAUCGUUGUCAUUUGGCUCCACCAGCACGGCAUCGAUUAGAACAGAUGAUGAAAUCCUGUCAGGUUGUCAUCAUAUUUCCCAGUUCAAGUCUCUUCACAGAGCCGGCAUGUAGAGCUCAGAUUCGUCUGACAUUUCAUCUCUGUCGAUUGCAACGUAUGCCCCCACCGGCAAUCAUUGUUUGGCCGGUUUCACGUGCGCACAUGGCCAUGCCCACAAAUUAUCACUUGGUCAGUCGAAGUAACAAACGAUUAGAUGAGGACAAGUAUUAUAUUGCACCCGAGUUCGACUCGAUCACAAAUGAUCCCCAAGAUCCGGCCGAGACCGCUACUAUUAAAGCGAAGGUACCCACACAAGAAGAAGCGCUAGAGAUUAUACAAUAUUUCUCCACAUUAACUAGCCCUUGUAUACACUGGUCCAAUGUGAAGNCAGUUCGAGAAAAUUUGGAACCACUGGUUUGGUGGCUAACUAAGGCCUCACAAAUACCUGCAUAUUGA